ACUAGGACAUAUCACUCUCUAUCCAACCUUGUGGAUGAUAGUAUAUGAAUUCCAGCAUUGACAUGUGUUCAUACACCCGUGAGCUGCGAAAUGACUUGAUGCAGUCAAUCGGUCUACUGCUCACGGCACCACCGUGCAGCUGUAUCGUACUCAAGCGCCAAGAUGUCAAGCCGAGUCCGGCGAUAUCAGAGCUGUAGAUACUUUGAUACUAUCCGGAGACAGCUCAAACCUAUCAACACCUACACAAACAGAUGGAAAAGCCGCUCUAGACGCGAAAUGCGGUCCUAUGUUUCGUCAAAGGCGGAUGGCAUUGGAAAAACUCAGGCCCUGGACUCACGGGGUCACUGCAACAUUGACUUUGAUCUUUUGAUUCAUGCACGCGCUUUACUGGGUCAGGCAGUAGUCGCCAGAUUGGGACAUUUUGGGUCCAUCGGAAUCAGAUCUGCUCUGUCUCCACUUUCUCUCCUCAUCCAGUAUCCAUACUCGGUCUCUUCCUCUCCUCCAAAUCAAUCUAAGUUGACUACGUCCACGGUUUCAGCACCUCCUUGCUUGGUUAAUUCUGCUAGCUCAUUGGGCAAAAAGCAGGGAAAUACGGGUCUUUCCAAGCCACUAAAAUCAAAGCCAGUCAAUCUUUCAAAUACCGAUCCAACGAUCGGAGGCUAGUCCUUCCUAAUGAAUCACAAUCCUAUAUUAACUUAGAUUGGUCUCCCCUCAGAGAGUCCUCAUCCGCCGGCACCAUUGGAUCAUCCUUCGCUACUUGCUUCUACCCUUAGAAAAACCUCCGUGUUGAGGUCGAGAGUUGGACUUCUAAGUCUCGGGCACCAUGUCUGAAUCCAGGUUGGUUGGUAACCAGCCGUGGUGUUGCAACCCCAAUUUGGUUGCAUCAGGAGGAUUUCCCUUGAAUAA